GUUAUAUUUAAUGUCGGAACGGACGACAUAAAUAUUGAGGAGACAGCAAAGUUUGUAAAUGAUGGAAAGUACCAUAUAGUGAAGUUUACGCGGAGUGGCGGUAACGCCACACUACAGGUGGAUGACCUACCUGUCAUAGAGCGCUAUCCCACAGGUCGGCAGCUCACUAUCUUCAACAGCCAGACCACCAUACAGAUAGGUGGCUGGGACCGGGACAGGAGUCGCCCGUUUCAGGGCCAGCUCUCAGGUCUCUACUAUAACGGGCUGAAGGUGUUCAACAUGGCCACAGAAGGAGAUCGUAACAUCCGCAUUCAAGGCAGCGUGAGGCUGGUGGGGGAGUCGCCCUCGUCCAUCACGCCACAGUCCAGUGCCAACACAGCCAACCGGUCGGAGACGUCCACAUCCAUUAUGGAGAUCACCACGACGACGGCGUCCAGUAGGAGAGUGAAGCAGACGACGCCACGGGAACCUCAACAGACGACGGACGAUCUGCUGGUGGCAUCUGCGGAGUGUCCGAGCGAUGACGAGGACAUUGAUCCCUGUGAGCCGAGCUCAGCUAACCCAACAGGUCCUGCGGUGAAGGGCUACCCUGGUCCAUCGGAGGGGGUGUUCCGUGAGUCAAGCAGUACCACGGGGAUGGUGGUUGGAAUCAUAGCGGCAGCCGCCCUCUGUAUACUCAUCCUGCUCUACGCCAUGUACAAAUACCGCAACCGGGAUGAGGGUUCUUACCAUGUAGACGAGAGCCGUAACUACAUCAGUAACACAUCGCAGUCCAACGGGACGGUGGUGAAGGAGAAACCGCCGAACGCCGCCAAGACUUCCUCUAAGAGCAAGAAGAAUAAAGACAAGGAGUAUUACGUGUGAUCCUUACUGUCUCUGGUCGUCACCACUGGCCCCUCGCAAAGAUUGGACCAAUUAUUAAAACUUUUUAUGACUCAAAAAGACGAAUCCGGAGAUCGGAAGACCAAUAAAAAGUGUAUAAUAACGAACAAACAAAAUUAAACAAAAACAACAAAAGAACAUUUAGUCUUUCAUUUUAUCUAAGACAUGGUGGGUGGUGGUAUACUGGAAAGUGAAAAGGAGUAAAAAACGAAACAUCUUCCUUUAGAUUCUUCUACCCAAGCACACUGGACUAUAAGAAAUAGCACCAGGGAGAUGGCGGUACUGUACUGGACUAUACUAAUGAUAAGAAAGAGUGUCUCAACCUUAUGGCAAGCUGCAGAAUAAUCAGAUAAUCAACCCAAGUACCUAUACAUCAUGGAUCAACAAACAAACUAACCAAUUAACGCCAUCUGUGACUUGUUCUGUUUAUUACCAGGAUAUUGGUUAGCCAAUAUCUCACUCUCGAAGUUUGAGUUAAAUGUGACAGGAGAGAUAUACAAUUGAGAAAUAUACAAUAUUACAACAACAAACUCCAAUGUUUUCAUGUUAUCAUUUACAUAUCCUGUCUUUGUGUUUGCUGGGAUCUUUACGAGAAAAUACAUAAAACACAAAACGCAUAAAUAAGGUACAUAAAGAAAACCCAACUCCAAACAUUUCCAACAACGGAUGACGAGUGAAAGAAAAGAGAUCAUGGGAAGGCAAGGCAACAGUAAAGAAGGAAGUGAAAGGAUAAAGAUGGUACGUUUGUUUGAGGAAUCAGCCAAAGUAUUUGCACUUUUUAUAGUGGCAGUAAUGGCCCAAAACAGACUAAUAUAAAAAAUGGCCGCCCGAUCUGUUAACAGUGCAAAGACAAAAGGGCCUACGAUUAAUCUUGAUCUUGAAAGACUUAUGUCAAGUUUUAUUCAAGAUUCAUCUUUGCCAGUUAAGAAUUCUGGACGACUUGGUUUUCAACAUCAGUGUGGAAUCUAAGGCAAUGUGUUUAACAGAAUUCUGGAAGGAGAAGUCGGAACGUUCUGAACGCGAUCAUUCUGAUACUGGAACUCCAUGCACGUAAAACGUAUCUUAUUACAGUUACAGUACAUAUGUUUAUAUACAGUACAACCACAUCUAUAUGUGCUUUCUGGACUGUGACAAAGUGGUGUUUUAUAGCCUGUUGUAUAGAUGACCACGCAAACUAUAUCUGCUCCUCCUCCAACCAUUUUUGGAAUAAAAAAAUAAAUAAGAAAAUUACAAAAAUACAAAAUUAAAUGUUAUUAAGUGUUGCUAGAUAUAGAAGAUUUUACGAUGACAUCGAUCCGCAAUGCCAUUUUUGGGGGGGAUUAUUUAAUUAUUCAUUCCGCCUUUAUACAUGUGUUCCUGUUGAGUUUUUAUACAAAUGCCAACCUGAUCUAAUAGAUAUAUUAACCCGGCCCAGUAGUAACCUGACUUGGUCCUCAAACUCUACAAAGCAAUGAUAAUAGUGUACAGCAGAGGCAUGGCAUGAUGAUGACAUGCAGGAUGAGGUAACGUCUCCAGGGUUUCACUGCCUUUCUCCCCAUUCCCGCCCCCUCCCAAUUGCUGGGGCAAUAACAGUAACAGACUGCCUUCCUCCCGAUACCUGCCCGCCAAACUAAACCUAGCUACUUGAGAAUGAAGACCUAUAUUCCGAAUGAUGAUGAUGAUGAUGUAUGUGUUUCCAAGUGGUCCUAUAAUAUGAUUGUCCAGUGUACGCUUGGGCUGAUGGAAACAAUCUGAAGAAGAAAUAAGACAAAGAAGUAACCAUUUCAACCGUUUGUGUGUUUGUACUGUCAUUCUAAUGUCAAUUCUAUUCUGCUUUCCUGACGACCUGAUGUACUUGGAAUGAGUAUGAGGAGAACUACUAUGACCUAUAAAUAAUGAUGAUUAUGAAUUCUUCCUUGUUUGUUUGUUUCUUUUGUUUAUUUCUACCUGUGGUAUUUUUUUCUACGGUAUUUUAUGUUCAAAUUGUGACUAUUUCUUUAUUAUUGAAAUCAAAGUAAAAUUUAUU